UUUUUGGACAGUUUCUAAUUUUUCUUUCUUCACAUCGUACAUGGAUGUACCUUUACAAUAAAUCCAGGUUCAACCUUUGAUGUUGCGUGAGACUUAAAAAGAAUUCGUGUUUCAGCAGAAUAAAACAGUGAAGUCUGAAAACACAGGUAACAAGUGUUUGAUCUCCAUCAAGUUGCCCCGAAGACAGUCCGCAGUCAAGCGUAACCAACGAAGGCACUAUUACACGAACGUACGCCCGUGAUUAACCUCUAUUACGAGCAUGACGGAAAAUCAACUACUUCCGAAGAGCUAGCGUUUUCCUCAGAGUGAUCGGCGAACGCGACGGCGAAAAAAGCUCUAGCGCAACUGUCACCCAGCCAAGCCUGUUCGUUACCGCUGUCGAUUUCAGCUCUCGGGGUUCACUAUCAGCAAAACACAGCAACACCGGAAAUCAAGAUUACAAGAAACCAACACAAAAAAUGGAAAAACUUUUGGAAAUGAAAUUAAAUUUAUGAGGAUUUUACACCGUCAACUUUUGUAUUUGACGCGGCCGUCAAGUGAAUUAAUUUCUGUUUAUUUAUUUAUUGGGUGAUAUUUGUGAUAACAAUGGGAUUUUUAUACAUGAUCAAGACUUAUUUUCUUACCCUCAUCAUAUCCACGUGCACAAGUUAUUCACAAUGGCAGUAUGAGCAUACACGUUAUCCAACAAAUCGAUGGAAUCCGUCCAAUCAGUACCAACCAGGUGUCUCACAAAACUCCUAUACGCCGGGGAGACAAGGAAAAGGGCGUGUUCCGGGAAUCCAAGGAAACGUUCCUGCAGAUAUCCAUAUUCUUGGGGACCCCAAUGUAGAUCAAGUGCUCGGGGUCAAGGUUGCAACUCCUGACAAUAUAUAUAAUGUUGAACUGCAAAGGGUGAAUCACAAUUUGUUUCACGAGGAUGUGCGGUAUUUAUCCGUUUCAGUGGAUUCAACGGGGAAAACCAUAUUCAAAGAGGAAUACAAGCCAGUUGAUUUACAUAAGAUAGCCAAGUCCAUGAAUUUUUACCACGACAUAAAUUCAGGAACCUUUUUGAAUAUCCGAUCCCACAGAGUCGAUGGUUCUUCCCCAAAUCAUACUUAUAUUGAAGGCGUUAUGUUUGACGAGCUAAUGGUUGCACCCCCAAACGCCGGACGACGUCACAAGAGAGACCUGUAUCCAGUCAAACACACGAUGUGGACCAAGGACAAAGAGGAAUCCAUGUUUAAUUACGAUACAUUAAAAGUGCCUGAUUUUGUUGAUAAAAUCAAGAAAGACACACAGAAGAAAACUUCAAAGAAAGAAAGUCAUCGACGAAAGAAACGACAAUACCGAUCGCCCAGGAUAGAGCCAGAGUUGCUUCUCUUUGUUGACCAUGCUCUGUUCCGGGCUUUUGAGGGGGAUUCAAAUGAAUUACUAGAAUACUUGCUUCAUUUUUGGCACUCAGUAAACUGGAAGUACUUAACAAUCACAUUGGCCGGUCAAUGGCCUGUUAUAGAUUUAAAAAUCAGGGAAAUUGGUGUUUUCAAAGAACCAAAUGCUCAACCAUUCAUUGAGAACAGCCGUAUAUACAAAGGGAGUAAGCUAUUCUCCUUGUAUGACGCCAUGGACAGUCUCCAAAAGUGGUUAAUACGAUACGAGAAUGUUUUACCAGUACACGAUAUUACUUUCUUGCAAACUGGAGAAAAUGCAUGCCGAAAAGUCAAACACCGGGACACCAUCACUCCAUUCAGUCCAAACGUAUUGACUGCUAUUAGGCAAGGGAUGCCCAUUUCAUCAAUGGACGCAAAUAAAGACUCAAACGAAUGUGUCAAAGGAACAGCGGGUGUGGCGUAUGUGAGGGGCGCCUGUCUAUCUGCUCCGUUAUUACGGGGAAGCGCUUUCAACUUUGGUAUUGGGGAGGCCUCUACAAGUUUUAACGGAGUCAUCAUUGCCGCUCAUGAAGUGGGGCAUCUACUUGGAGCUUACCAUGACGGAGAGUCCGAGGCCAGCAGUUGUUCUUCCUCAUCCGGGUUCAUCAUGAGUUACACCAGGGACGAUUCAUUCAAAUUCAGCCGUUUCUCAGAGUGCUCAAUCCGCAGCUUUCAGAAUUUCCUCAGAAUGGACAGGUCUUCGUGUUUAAUGCAAAGAUCCAGCAAGGAAAGCCUACAGUUCCCCACCACAUUCCCCGGGAAAUACAUGACAUUACACGAACAAUGUAGACGAUUUACUGGCGGUCCGCCUUGUGAAGAAGGACCAAAACAGUGUGAACAUUUAUGCUGUGACGAUCGGCAAGGAGAAUGGCGGUACACGAGAUCAGAACCCGCGGUGGAUGGAACGUCGUGCGGCAAAUCACACGUUUGUCUUAAUGGACAGUGUGUGGCGCUGGAGUCCAUUGGGUAAUGGUGAAGGGUUUUAAAAAAAUCAUUUUGAAUCAUGGUGACAUUCUACAAAAUAGUGCUCCAUGCCAUGGUGAUAUUAGUCUUCGAAAGUGAAGAAUCCACAUCUGAUCGCUGGUGGGAUAUUGCGAUCACUGUGAAUGUGCCAGGACCCUUUCUACUGGAGGGCGGGGCAGGCAGGGACCAAUAGUGAUUGGACACUUGCGAUCACGUGAUUGCGGUUACUGUUGUUUCUCUGUCUGUUAAGAUUGCUUCACUUUCAGGCUAUCCAAUAAAACCUUCUUUAUUUUAAUUUAUUCCUGUAAAACUGUAGUUUUUUUUCUCUCCUGAGAAGAAAAAAAAACAAUCAUGUGAAAAUUUAGCUGUUUCGUUGAUUUGACGAUUGGAUGUCGUUUUCUUGAUGAUGAUGAUGUUAAGCAACUUUCAACUUACUGUGUGCCAAAGAAAGGAAUGAUUGCAUAUGUUCUUAAAAUCGACAUAAAGCGGUGCCUCAUGUAUGGACUGUGCCGUUUACAUAUAAAAAUAUAUUUUAAGAAAAUAUCGUAAAAUGUGAAGUAUUUUUGUUUUUGAAAGUGAUAUGUAAUUUUGAUUUUUAUGAAAUAUUUCAAUUGACCUGUACAUAACAAUUAAACAUUCUCUUUUCUUUAAACGACACGAUGUACUGUGAAAUUGUGUGUGUAUGUCGGGAAAUCAGAAAUGUAUAUGUAAUCAGAAGAAAAAUGUCCAUAUAUUUUCAUUGCAUGAAGGCCUGAAAAGCCUUUCAAAAACUAAAGAAAAAACCAGGAAAGAAACAAGUAUUUGGUACAAUUCAUCUUUAUAUAAACCUCCUACUUUUAUUGGUCAUUUACCGCACGGAUUCACAGUACGUCGUUUCUGUCACUUUUCAUUACGUAUUUAUUAUUCGUUAUACUUUGUUUACAACGGUGAAGUAAAGAAAAAAAUAAAAGUAAAAACCGAAUAAUG